AUGAAACGCACCCUGAGUGCGGACAAGGAGACAUUAAGUUCCCCAGCAAAGAAAGAAUGCCACGAGGGAAACGGAAAUCUGCCCAUCAUUACUAGCCUGGAUGCUCCUAUCUCUCCUCCAAGACGACGUUCACGUUCUGAUAAACCGCCUCCAAUUCCACCAUCAAUACCACAUGGAAGCAUAGAUACGGCUGAAGUAGCGUCCACGACUAGCACGAGUUCACUUCCAAACCUAGCAGCAAUCGAAGCCGGCCAAGUUCAAGUCAAAGAUCAUUUGAGCAUCUUCUCCUCUCGGCUGAGUCAGUGCACUCGUCCGUCGACAUCAACAGCGGUACCCCGUCUUCAGAUCACAGACUGGACAGAUUUGUAUCAGCGCAAUGAACGGCCCCACGGGAGACAUUUCGUGGUUCACCAACACGACCAUCCCAUCGCAGGACCGCAUUAUGAUCUCAGGCUGCAGUUUUCAGACUCUAGUUCUGUUAGUUGGUCUGUUAUGUAUGGAUUACCGGGAGAUCCAAACAGUCGAAGGUUGAAUCGGAAUGCGACUGAGACGAGGGUGCAUUGUUAUUGGAACCACCUUAUUGAAACAGCUUCUCCAAACACGGGGAGUAUGAUUAUUUGGGAUACGGGCGAGUAUGAAGUACUGUCCUAUCAGAUGGAAUCGAAUAUGCUGGAGACGGACGACUCUCGUUCUGUGAGCUCGGAAAGUGACGGUCCUGCGCAAUAUCAUAAGAGCGAGUGCGAGAAGCUCUGGGAAGCGUUUCAUAAUCGCAAAAUCCGUCUACGAUUACAUGGAACCCGUCUACCACCAAACUACACCAUCAUCCUACGACAAGACAAAACCACACACCAAACACCAUUCCGAAUGCCUCAGAAGCGACGCAGACGUGCCCGGCCAAAAGUACAGAGCCAACCGACCCUCACCUCUUCUGAUUCCUCUCCUUCAUCGCCGCCAUCGCCAUCUUAUAAACCGCCAGACCAACCAUCAACAACACACAAAUCUAACCCCGAACCCCCAGAAUCCAGCACAAAAGCAGACUCAGACGACGACAAAGCGGAGCACCAAAUUCGCCUCAACAAUGCUUACCCCGGCUCAACGAAUACAAUAGGCUCUAUACACCAACGACGAUGGUUUAUAACGCUGGAUCGUGUUAAUUCUGGUUUCGAAUAUCAGUCAGGGAAGAAAAUGUGGAUCCGGAAGAAGGAUCCGGAUACUGGGGGAUUAAUGGGCUUUGAACCAUUCUAUUUCAGAGGCCCUGAGAAGGAGCGAAGUGUGGUUACGGGGAGGUUGGGAAGUGAUGUCCUCAAAGACGAAGGAGUGCAAGGAUUUACACCGAGACGAGGAUGGAGGCCUGUAUUGAAAUGA